UGUCUGUAUGUUCUUGACGAACAUUCUAAAUUAUAAAUUUUCUGGAUUAUUGGAACAAUGAACCUGAAAUUUCGCCUUCUCAUUUGGCCUAGAUGAAUUGACUUUCCUUUUUCUAGUGUAACUUUUGACGCUGGGGCCGAACUAAUUAAUUAUUAUGAAAAGUUUUUGUAAUUGGAAAUAAUAUGGUUUGACAUUGGUUGUCAAGGUGUGAUCACGGGCUGAAUAUCAUGAUUCAAAAAUUUGAUUGUCGAUGAUUCUAUUAAAUCAAGUUACUUACCUAAUACCUAUGAAAUUGUAUAAACCUACUGAUGCCACAACAAAUCCAUCGUUACUAUUUUCUGCGGCUAAAAUGGAUCAAUAUGACCAUAUACUAAAGGAAGCUAUAAAUUAUGGGUCGAAAGUUGGAAAUUCAAUAAAUGAAAAGGUUCAGGAAGCGAUUGAUUACUUAUCCGUGCUGUUCGGUUGUGAAAUUUUAAAAAUUAUACCAGGAAGAGUUUCAACUGAAAUCGAUGCCCGUUUAUCGUUUGAUACAAAAAAAAGUAUCGCAAAAGCUUUAAAGUUAAUACAAUUAUACGAACAAAUGGGAAUUCAGAAAGAUCGAGUUCUCAUUAAAAUUGCAUCUACAUGGGAAGGCAUCCAAGCAGCAAAAAUAUUAGAAGAAAAGCAUAAUAUUCAUUGCAAUUUAACACUACUGUUUUCAUUUGGUCAAGCUGUGGCAUGCGCUGAUGCUGGGGUAACUCUGAUUUCGCCGUUUGUUGGUCGUAUUUUAGAUUGGUAUGUUGCUAAUACCAAUACUAAAAGCUUUGAACCGGAGAAAGAUCCAGGCGUCAUAUCGGUUACUCAAAUCUACAAUUAUUAUAAAAAAUAUGACUAUAAGACAGUUGUUAUGGGUGCAUCGUUUAGAAACGUUGGAGAAAUUAAAGCAUUAGCUGGUUGUGACUAUUUAACAAUAAGCCCGGCUCUGUUGAAAGAUCUUGAGAAUGAUGAUGAGCCUAUCAGCCAGCAGUUAUCAAUAAAGAGUGCUAAAUCUACGGAUAUUGAAAAAAUUAAUAUCGAUGAAGCAACAUUCCGUUGGUUACUUAAUGAAGAUGCCAUGGCAACGGAAAAGCUUUCUGAAGGUAUAAGGAAGUUUGCUCAGGAUUCUAAAAAGCUUGAAGACCUGAUAAAAAAAUACAUAAAUAAUGCUUAAAAGUUAAAAUACAUACGUACAUAAAUAUAAUAACAUAAUAUAUAAAAUGUACAUAAAUAAGUAAAAAAAAUUAUUUUUGAAGUUGUACCCAGAAUAUUUACAUAGAUAAAGAAAUGGAAUUAAGAAAGGGAAAAGGUUCCUAAAUAUUCUCUUCGAGUUCAAAGAGUUAUAAAUACUUUCUAAUAUAUCCGGUUUAACGUUGAUCUUUUUAACAUUCUAGGUUUUGAAAUUGUAUAAUCUGUAUAUUACCAUUUUGUAUACGUAUGUAUGUAUGUAUAAAAUAAAAAAAAUAUUAAUUUUUUUGUACUUCAA